GUAUUUAGCCGUUCGAGGCUAUGUUUACGAACUAUCACGCCUACGCAAUCGAAUUGGGACUUUCCCUCUAAAAGUUUCAGUUUGUAUUCCUCAUCUGUUAGCGUUGCGUUAAGACGCAUCUUUUGUAUUCUAAAUUCUAAAUGUUGUAAUUAAUUAAUAAAUAGUGCUUGUUAGAUAUAAGAGUGUUAUUUCCUAAAACCCCACGCUAUGGGACAGCACACUGGCGACGAGUUGGUGAAUUUUAUUUUCCAAUAAUACAAAAAAUCAUCGCUUGAAAAAGUUACGUUUCAAAGCGAAACUAAUUUGGAUUAAGGUUUCAAGUACCUGAAGAUAGGUAAUAUUUUUGCUCUUGAAGACUGCUCCAGGUAGGACAAUUUAUUUCUUUUUCCAAAUGGAGGACCUCAUCUCUCAAUUAGUUGAACAAAAUAAAUUGUUAAUGUCGGCGCUGCAGCCGAAAGACGAAACCAGAAACAAAAGUAACGUUACUGGUGUGAAUUUCGAGAAAUUCGAUGAUUCCCAAGAGACAUUUGAAUCUUUUUUGGAGCGGUUUGAGGCUUUUUUGGACAUACAAAAUGUUCCAAAUGAAAAACGAGCAAAAACAUUAAUUUCCAGCUUAUCAGCAAAAUUGUAUAAUUUGUUAAAAAAUUUGUUGGCUCCCAACAAUCCAGCUGAAGCUGAUUUUGAAACCUUAAAAAACACUCUUAAAGAUCAUCUUCACCCAAAACCAUUAAUUAUUCCUAGCAGACAUAUUUUCCUUAAUCGUAAACAACACGAGGGAGAAAGUAUUAAUGCUUAUUUAGCAGAACUUCGUUCAUUGGCAAUGCCAUGCAAUUAUAAACAAGAACUGCUGAACACUAUGCUGCGGGACGUUUUUGUGAGCGGUCUCCGUGAUCGUGCCACAUUAGACAGACUUUUUGAAGAAGAUGAUAUAGAUCUCGAGCGUACUGUAAAAAUUGCUUUGGCCAUGGAAAAGGCUAGUAAGAGCACCCAAGAAAUAAUUGGGAAGGCAACAGAAAUUAAAGAAUUUAAGGCUAACAGGAAAAAAGAACCGAAACAAUUCUGGUCUAACAAAACGAAAGAAAAAAAUAACUUUGCAUGUUAUCGGUGUAAGGGAUCUAACCAUUCCUCAAGGGAAUGUAAAUACAAAUCUGCAACAUGCGGCUACUGCCAUAAAGUUGGACAUCUAACAAAAGCGUGUUUUUCUGCCGCUAGAGCAAAACAAUAUAAACAUGUUAACCAGAAACAAAUUGACACUGAACCCGGAUGUUCAUGUGAAAAUACUAUAUCCGUACCGUUGCACGCAUUAAAUGACAAAACAUUUAGCGAGGAAUUACCUAAAAGACCACCAAUAAUGAUUAAAGUAAAUAUAGAAAAUUCUCCAGUUCAAAUGGAGGUCGACACUGGAGGAACAGUAUCGGUUAUGAGCAUUAAUAGGUUUCGAAAAAUCUCUAAUAAAAAGAUAAAACCUACUAAACUGAUUUUCAAAACCUACAAGGGAGAUGAGGUUGUACCGCUUGGAUAUGUUUCUGUUAAAGUUGAUUAUAAUAAUAUAUCAUAUAACUUAAAUUUAUAUCUAGUUAAAGAGAAUUUAGAUACUAUUUUUGGUAGAGAAUGGCUUUAUGAAAUUCCAUUAAAUUGGAAUACCAUUAAAACAAUUAAUACUGUAAAUACUAAAGUUAAUUUCGAUUUGUCUAAACUUUUAAAAGACUUUAAACAUCUCUUUACUGAUGAAUUAGGGGAAAUUAAAAAUUAUGAAUGUAAACUUGAGUUAAGGGAAGAUACCAAACCCAUUUUUUGCCGACCCCGGCAAGUUCCCUUCGCGCUAAAACAGAGAGUCAAUCAGGAAAUCGAAAGACUCGAAAGGGAAGGAUUAAUCGAAAAAAUAAACAUAUCCGAUUGGGCCACGCCCAUAGUUCCGAUUGUCAAACACAACGGAUCGAUUAGGCUAUGUGCUGAUUACUCAGUAACGAUAAACAAACACUUAAAGGUACAAAAACACCCUCUUCCUCGAACUGAAGAUAUUUUUGCCUCACUUAGUGAUGGCAGGGUAUUUUCCAAAGUUGAUUUUAGCCAAGCUUAUUUGCAAAUGAAGGUUGAAAAGGAAAGUCAGAAACUCCUAACCAUUAAUACAGAAAAAGGUCUUUAUACUCCAAAAAGAUUAAUGUACGGAAUUAAUGCGGCUCCGGCCAUUUGGCAAAAAUACAUCGAAAGUGUAUUCCAUGGUCUUGAAGGAGUUGAAGUAUUUUUUGAUGACGCACGCAUAGCAGCUCCCGAUAACGAAACUCAUUAUUUCAGAUUACGAAAAUUUUUUGAAAGAUGUCAAGAACAUGGUCUGAAAAUCAAUAAGGAUAAAAGUAAAUUCUUUCAAAGUGAAAUUGAGUUUUUAGGAUAUAGGAUAAGUUCUAAAGGACUUUCAAAAACAUCGGAGAAAAUAGCUGCAAUUAAAAAUGCUAAGGCACCACGGAAUGUUCAAGACGUUCAGUCAUUUAUGGGUCUCGUGAAUUUUUAUUCAAGGUUUUCUAAGGACUUAGCAACUUUGGCCUAUCCUUUAUACAACUUAAUCAAGAAAACCGUUACUUGGAAAUGGGAUCGCACUUGUCAGGAAGCUUUCGAAAAUGUAAAAAACGAAAUUUGCUCUGACAAAAUACUAACUCAUUAUGACCCAAACCUCCCUAUCUUGCUAUCUUCUGAUGCUUCACCUGUAGGAUUGGGAGCAGUACUUUCCCAUAAAUUCCCAGAUGGUUCAGAACGACCCAUAGCAUUUGCCUCCAGAACUCUAUCUCCAACGGAGCAACGUUACUCUCAAAUUGACAAAGAAGCUUUGGCAAUCGUUUGGAGUGUUAAAAAGUUUUACCUCUACUUAAAGGGAAAUAGAUUCACUUUGAUUACUGACCACAAGCCCCUGGUUUCCAUCUUUUCAUGUAAAAAGGGUCUCCCAGUCCUUUCUGCGACAAGACUUUUGCAUUAUGCUCUUGUUCUGCAAGCUUAUAAUUUUGAUAUCGUUUAUCGCAAUACAAAGGACCACGGCAAUGCUGACUGCUUAUCACGUCUACCAUUGAAAUCUGAAGAACUGGAAUUAAAAGAUGAUAUUGCAGUAUACCAAAUUUCCCAAAUUGAAACCUUACCCGUUACUGCCAAAGAUUUAGCAAAAGCCACGCAGUUCGAUGAACACUUGGGAAAACUUUUAAAAAUAUUACAAUAUGGAGGUCAAUUAGAGGGGAAGGAAAAAUAUACCUUACAGGAUGGGUGUAUUAUGUAUGGGCAACGAGUGUGUAUUCCAGACUGCUACAAAGCAAAAAUACUAGACGAGUUGCAUCAUGGGCAUCUUGGUGUAGUAAAAAUGAAAGCAAUUGCCAGAUCUUACGUGUAUUGGCAAGACAUUGACCAAGACAUAGAGAAUUCUGCGAAAAACUGUUUGGACUGUGCUAGGUUCAAAACGGACCCAGCAAAAGCAAAAGUUCAUCAUUGGGAAUAUCCCAGUGCACCAUGGGAAAGAGUGCACAUUGAUUUCGCAGGACCUAUAUUUGAACGGAUGUUUCUACUUAUUGUUGACGCACAUUCAAAAUGGCUUGAAGUUUACCCCAUGAAGACAGCCAACUCAUUCAAGACAAUUGAAUGCCUCCGAGAUUGCUUUUCACGUUUUGGACUACCUGUAGUGUUAGUUUCCGACAACGGCACACAGUUUACUUCACAAGAGUUCCAAACAUUUAUACGAAGCAAUGGCAUUAAGCAUAAGACAUGCGCCCCUUUCAAACCAUCCAGCAAUGGACAAGCAGAGCGCUACGUGCAUACAUUAAAACAAUCUCUCCGUGCCAUGCAGAACUUUGCAGGAAAUACCCAGCAAAAGGUUAGCACCUUCCUCAUGCAAUAUCGCAAGGCUCCUAAUAUGACAACUAUGAUUAGUCCGGCUAUGCUUUUCCUUAAGAGAGACAUUAGGACUAGAAUAGAUCUUGUUCUCCCUGACUUGGUCGGAAGAGUCAAUGAGAAGAUCAGAAAAAGCACGUAUGAUUUUCAAGAUCGUAUUUUUCACGAAGGUGAUAAGGUGGCUAUUCGAGACUAUCGUUCACCCAACGCAAGGUGGAAAUUUGGAACUGUCAUGAGCAAAGAUGGAGCUCUUCAUUACACAGUUAAUGUGCAAGGUACAUUGUAUAGACGCCACGUAGACCAAAUGCGACCAACAGGAGACCAGAUCUUGGAUAAGACUAUUCACGUUCCACGAAUUAGUUUCAGCAGUGAAACUCCACACAUGGGCACCGCGGACAAUUCUCCUGCACCCACUGAUCCUGGCGGAGAUAUCCAAAAACACUCUGGAUCUGUCAAAUCAACACCAGAAACUCGCCAACCAUCUCCAACUAAGAACCCGAGUUCAGCUGUUUUGCCGAGAAGUACUCCAUCUUCAACUUCUCAACAAACUCCAUUUCAGCCGAGGCGAUCACAAAGGAUUAGACGGCCCCCUAAGAGAUUUGACCUUUAAAUCUCCAUUUUAAAGGGGGAGGAGAUGUCGUGUAUUUAGCCGUUCGAGGCUAUGUUUACGAACUAUCACGCCUACGCAAUCGAAUUGGGACUUUCCCUCUAAAAGUUUCAGUUUGUAUUCCUCAUCUGUUAGCGUUGCGUUAAGACGCAUCUUUUGUAUUCUAAAUUCUAAAUGUUGUAAUUAAUUAAUAAAUAGUGCUUGUUAGAUAUAAGAGUGUUAUUUCCUAAAACCCCACGCUAUGGGACAGCACAAUUUUCUUACAAGGCCAUGCAACUGAUCGAAGCGUUCUUUUAUUUCCUUUAUAAUUCUGUCCAUAGAUGAAAACAUUUCUCUUCGUACUUCUUCUUCUAAGGAUAGCCCCACGUCUCGCGAAUUUUCUCCACUCAUAUUUUUUCUCCUUCUAACUCGACGCUUAGUCGAUAUCUCCAACUCUUCACAAAUUAUUUUGGCUGCUAUAACAGCGUUUUGUACUAGCGUAUCUCUUUGUUCCAUGAAAUGUGUUUGCAAAGAAUUUAGUUUUAUAUGGCAUUGGUGGACAUUUAACCCUUUUAUUUGCAGGUAUUUUUGAGCGUCAUUAAUUUCCAAAAGGACGGGUUCCCAUAAAUGAAGGUAACAUAGAAAAGAAAAAGAUUGCAUAGAAUUGAGUAAUACUUCAGCAUCUGAUCUCGUUUUACUAUUUUCUUCUUCAGAUGUCAAUUUUUCCAAAGCGCUUAAAAUGUCAAAAAAAUGUCUUUUUACUAUAGUUACCGCGGCAGCUCUAGCGCUCCAGCGAGUUUCUACACUGCGUUUAACACCUUGAACAGUGACAGAAAGUAAAACAUUCCAUCUAUGAGUGGAAGAAGAAAACAACGAAAACAACUGUUCGAUAGUUCCAAAAAAUGUGAUGGAAUUGAUAGCUGUAGAAGCUGCGUGUAAACAUGCCAGGUUUAAAGAAUGAUUUGUACAUGCUACAAAUUCUGCAUUUGGAUUUAUUUCUUUAAUUUGGAGUUUGAACACCGCUGUGCUUUCCUGCCAUGACGGCAGCAUUAUCGUAAGCCUGUCCUCUGCAAUUUUUUAUAUCUAAACCGUCACUUUCUAAUUUCGUUAAAAUCAUAUCUGUGAUUUCACCAGCAGUUUUUCCUUUAGUUUCUACAAAGUCAAUAAACGAUUCUACAACUUUAACUUCGCUACCAUAAAUAACUACAUAUCUAAUAAUUUGACUGGUUUGAUCUUUGUGUGAAAUGUCAGGAGUGCUGCCAAAUAUAAUACAAAAGUAUUUAGCCUGCUUUAUUUGAUCCAUAAUUGUUUUUCUGACUGCGCCUCCCAAUAGCUCUAUGAAUUCGUUCUGGAUCUUCGGCGACAAAUAAGAGAUACUAUAUUUAUUACCCAUCUUAAUUUUUACUACGUGUUCUCGUAAUACUGGGUCGUACUUAGCCAAUAAGUCAACAAGAUCAAGAAAAUUUCCUCUAUUUUCCAUUGAAUCGAUGUUUUCCUGAUGAACACUUUCACGAUGUCCUCGAAACGCCAAAUUUUGUUUUGCUAAGAAUCUAAUUAUAUCAAGUAUUCUUGUUAGAAUUUCCUUCCAUUUUUUUAUUUCUUUAUCAAUAUUCUGUUGUUGUAGUUUGUCAAUAGUUGCGCCACGUCCAAGUCUUAUUUCUAAUUCCUUCCAUUUGGAAUAUGAUCAAAUGUGCAGUGGACUCACCUCAUAUUGACUAAUUUUGGGAUUAAGUUUCCACCAUUUGUUAAAACCAUUUUCCGUAUUAAAACCUGCUUGACAAAGAUUAUCAAACAGUUUGCAGCAGAAACAAUAAGUACUUUUCUUCGAUGGUGAAUAUACCAUCCACGAUCUUAAGAGCUUUUCGCCAUUAGGCAAAGUUUGAAAAAACCAGUCCUGACUCAGUUUUCUUGUUUCACCUUUGGCUUUGAUUGUAUUAUUAGGACGUUUUACUCCUUCGCUGAAGUCGGCGUCCAAAUUUUGAAUUGCAAAGGGACCUUGACGUACCAGAAAUACUCUUGUAUUGUCGUCAAUUUUGUUAGGCCAUAAUCCAAUAUCUUUCAUAGAAAUAGACGGAAUAAUUUGUAUUUGUGCAGCAGAUUCUUCAUCAGAACUUGAUGAACUUUCUACUUCUUCGCCAGUGUGUGAAGCAGGUCUUUCCUCUUGAACAACAUUGGAAAAUGUUUUUUCGCCUUCGAGGGCUGCUUCUUCGCCCGUAUUUGAGGCAACAAUACUAGAACUAGAAGUUGACUUAUGGGAGAUAUAUUUGAGUAGUGCUCCAGUAUUUUAAGUCUGUAUUUCCUCCCUUCUCUUCCUUUUCUUUCUAAAUGACGCACCACUUUCUUUUACUCGUUUCAUCCUAGGGAUAUAUAAUAAAAAUAUAACUUGUCGAAAUAAAUAGUAUAUUAUGUAUAGAAAACGGCAAAGUCAUUUUACUACUCUGAAUAGCAUUUAGAAUAACAUCUAUAUCUAUAAUACGUAAUAUAAUAUACUUACCUAUAAUAAACUCUCCAAAUGCACUGGCACCCUAAUAAUUUGUUUCACUCUUCACUGUUAAAAGAUUGAAUCGCGAAUGAACAAAAUGGUUUAUAAGCAAUUUAUCAUUCCAAAUACAAUUCUUCAAAACGGACUGAGUAUAUUUAUCUAUUUGCGAUUCCUGAAAUUGUAACUUCGUCAGUAUUUUUGUUUUGUCUCGUUUAGAUUUUGUUGUUUGAAAAAGAUAGUUCUUAUGCCGGCGCCCUAAUGCUUUGCAGACCUAGCAGACCGGCGGCCCUGCUUUUCAAAAGAAAAAUCGAUGAUUUAAAAAAAAAUAUUGAUAUAUCACUUCAAAGUAUAAUUCUGAAUGCACCAGCUCUCUUUGAUGGCAACAGUAUAUCCAACAUCCUCCAGCAUUUCAGUGAAUCAUCAUUUGACAAUAAUACCAUCACCUACACAAAGUCAAUACCUCACAAAAAACAUGUUGACAAAAAACAUCUCAUUGUUAAUGUAUCGCAUAAACUUGCUCAACAACUCCUGAGGACAAAACACAUCUACAUAGGCCUGAACAGAUGCAUUGUCAAAAAAAGAAUUCUACUUCGACGCUGCUCAUGGUGUCAAGGUCUUGAUCAUUCCACCCACUCUUGCACUCAAGAAUUCGCCACUUGCUCUAUCUGCGGAGGCGACCAUCACACAAAUGAAUGUCACUCCGACGAAAAAUAUUGCAUCAACUGCUGGCACACCAAUACCUUUUUUGGAACCAGCCAUAAUCCUUAUCAUCAAGCCUCAGACAUCACUUGCCCUGUGCAUCGCCAGGCCCUCCUUGAAUUACGAUCUCGUUCUAAUGAUUAUUAAAUGUUACCACCUUCUAGCUAUAACUUCUCUGCCACUUCUCAAUCUAUUCACUUAUGUCUCUUGAAUAUACCUAUCGCUAGAGAAACUUUAUAAACUUCUUCCUCAUUGCAGACGUUUUGUAGCUGACUCUUAUCUUUUAUUUUUAUUUAUUUAAUAUUUUCUUUCAAAAUUCUUGCUAUCCAGCCUCCUUGAGAGCCUUACACUUUCGACAGCUGUCAAAAUAAUCUACUUAUGUUUUCCAGUUACUAAUCUACAUUUACUUUCUUGUACUUAACAUGUGUAUCAAAAUUCUUAUGCGUAUCUCGAUGUCGCAAUGCUCUGCAUUUAUUCUUUCAAAAUUCUAAAAUAUGCAUUUGUUUGAGGCAUUUCACUAUGCCUUUGCAUUUAAUGUUGUAAAUAUUUUCAUACUUUAAUUUUUUCUUUAUAUGUCAUUUAUUCUUGCUGCAAAUGUAAUUUUUUGUGUUUUAUGUAUGUUUUGUCUGUAGAAUGUUUGUUCUACUCUCGUGUGCCCUGAAUAGGGCGGGACGAGGUAUCAAUAAACAAUAUCACUUCAAAGUAAUCAUAUAAACUUUUCAAAAGAAAUGACAUUUAUAAACUGAUAUCAAAAAAUU